GUGAAACUGAUCCAGCGGAGUGGAGAUGGCGCUGCGUACAGUGUGAGCGGCUCGGCAGGCAAAGUUUGGAGAAGCGGCGGAGUUCGGCGGAGUACAGGAGAGCCGCGCUUUAACAGGGACUCGUCUUUUUCUCCGCGAUAUUAAUAUUUCCACAUGGCUCUGUAGAAAAAUCCGAGGUGGUAAUGCAUCGUUUUCUGCAGGGGGUUUUGUAAAGCCGAACAGCGAGUUCGGAAGACUUUACCGCAAAAGUGCGUGUGCUUCGGGACUUUGUAUCUCAGUGGGGUUUCGUGCCGUUCUACACCGGGGCGAGUAAAUGAGAUACGCGGAGCUGCCGGGCUGUAUUACGGGAUUUCAUGACCGAGGCGGGCUUAGUUUCGCUAUCAUGAAUUAUCAACGGGGGGGUCAAGUCGAAAACUGAUAAAAAGCCAUGAACGACCCCCGCGAUAAGGACUUGACACCCGUUCCGAGGAAGCGCCGCCUCAUGGCUGCAGUGCUGCACGGGGAAGAGAGCGCAUUGCCCGGCGAUGGACCCAGACUGGACCGGAACGGGAUAGGACUGAUUUACUGUUUCGUUUGUGGGAAUGGUGUGACAGCCGGCAAAGAACUGAAAUUGCAGGUCAGGCACCGGAGAGAUAAGGAUCCGUUUUUCCCGUUUCUGCAGCACCAGGAACCGGCCCCGGGGGCUGCCGAGGUGGCCGCGGACGGAUGCGUGCUGGUCUGCGCCGUGUGUCACUGCUUUCUCGGCGAGCAGUGGAACUCUUUCGAAAGGUCCCGUACGCCGCUGGAGAAGCGCAUGUACUGGCUGAAGAGGCCGUACCAGUGCGACUCCAGGAGGGUGCCCCAGGACUGGGACGCGUCUUACGACCUGGAGCAGAGGGUCAGCACGGGCAGCCGGCACUGCGACGCCACCGACUCGGACUCCUCCACCUUCUCCGACAACGACAACGCGUCCGACCGGGAGCUGGAUUUCAUCGGCAGAGCCGGCGCCAGCAAGGAAAAAAGUUUUCGGCUGUCCGGGUACAGAGACGGCGCUGGGAAAAACUGCGGCGUCAGUGUGAAAAACAGCCCCGAUUCUCAGCGGCUGCUCCGGUGCACUGCGCAGGAUUCCCUGAAAUCAGAUGGCACUUCGUCGCCGAGGGGCUCCGCUCAGAUGAUCAAUCAUGCGUCUCUGUCUGCCGCCUCUCUGGUUUCCCCCCACGACCGCCAGCCCCUGCGCCGCUACGACACCCCGCCCGCAGACGCCACCAUGCAAGACAACGGGAUCAUUAUACGCAACAAGCACUGGAUGCCAGAGGGGAUUGCCAAACAUCUGGAUCUGCUCCAGCAGGCUGCUGACGGCUCUAGGUAUCUGCUGGGUCGCAAAAAUCACAUGGCGGCCGAUGCUGUGGAUGCAUGCUCACCUGCUGGUGUCGCGCGCAAGAAGAGCGAGGGUGCGGGUCACAGCAGCAGCGACUCAGACAGCGACGAGAUAAACAUUACGAGUGAGGACGACCUGGAUGUUUUCGACAAUGGUAGCAGGACAGAGGGCAGAGGGGCCCGGAGUAGAUGCCCAGGGACACAGAGGAGCCCCGGUCCCAAGGCGCGGGGUGGCAGCGGCGCAGUGGAGGAAUGUGUGUGUUACAUUUGUGGUAGCAGGCUGUCCCAGUGUGGCCAGUUCAGGGUGUACGUGCAGAAGCAGGAGAGGGCUGUGGACGAACCCUUUUUCCCUUUCCUGUGGCUGCAUAACGCCCCCCCUGAAGCAGCACCCCUAAGUCCUGGUGGGGGAACUCUUGUGUGUGCCACCUGCCACGCCUCCCUCAUACAGCAGUGGCAGGGCUUUGAGCUGGCCAGCGUGCCCGUGCUGCAGCGUCUUUACGUCGUUCCGCUGAACGCGUCGGCCGUGGGCACGUCGCCUCACUCCGGUGGCAGCCAGGGGGCGCCGGAGCCCUCCUCGGAGGCCUGCUUCCUGUGUGGCCAGGAAUGCGGCUCGGACAUGCGGGUGGCCUGCGUCCAGGCGGGGGUGGGCAAGGCGCGUGGCACCAUGCACUUCCCCUUCAUCGGCCUGUUGCCCCGCCCACCGAAUGCCCGGGGGGUGCGGGAUGGCCAGGUGCACUGUUGCGCUGUGUGCCACAGCAUCCUGGAGGAUCUGUGGGCGGCUUACCGACUCUGCCUCAGCGAGGAGCUCAUCGCCUCCGUCGGGCCCUUUUUGGGGAGGUACCACCAGGUGAUCAGCAUGGACCCCCCCCGGAGUGGGCCCCGGACGGGCCUCGCCUGCGUCUGCUACCUCUGCGGCGCCAAGCUGGAUGCCGGCGGAGAGUUCCAGUUGAGCGUGAACCCACCGGGCCGCCGCGGCGAGCGCGAGCCCUUCUUCCCCUUCCUCACGGUGCAGCCGCCGGCGCCGCACGCCAAGCCCGUCGACCCCACGGGCCUGGUGUCCACCUGUGCCCUCUGCUACCACGACCUGCGCGCCCAGUGGGCUCUCCACGAGGGCCGCCUCGACCAGCCCGCCAGCAGCCCCUGGUCCCGGCAGUACAGUUGCGACACCUUCGUCUGCUUCUUCUGCCGGCAGGAGAGGAGGCGUUGUCUGGGCCUGAGGGAGGUGCAGGUAGCGCGGCUGCCCGUCUUCCUGUAUGCACCCCGGGGGGGGCGCACUCUGGUGGUGGAUGAUGGGAAGAAGCUGAUCAUUGGUUCCUGUGUGGAUUGUAAAGCGAUGGUGUUGGCGGGGCAGGCGAUGAGCCAGAACUCGCUACUGGGAAUCUCCUCACCUCUGGCCAAGCACAAGCACUCCUCCUUAGCACCAGAACCAGUGGCUGGCUGCAGCAAGACCUCAGACUCUGCCCCACAGCCCAGCGCAGUGGGAGGGACCCGUGAGGAAGGCCACGCCUCCCUGACAGGAGUCAGCUCCGCCCCUUCUGCACACAGUGUCUCAGAGACCGACAGAGCGGACCGGCCACCUUCCAGCAUGAGCCAUGAGCCAAAGUCACCAUCCCUGGGAAUGAUCUCCACAGCAACCCGCACCACGGCCACGGUCAGCCCUCUGACCCCCACACCCCUCAACGGCUCCAUCGUGCCCAAUGGCAGUCCGGCAACCCAAUCUCACUCGGGAUUCGCCGCCGCGCUGCGCAAACUUGCCAAACAGGCCGAGGAGCCCAGAGCAGGGUCGUCCAUCAGCAGUGAAUCUUCUCCCGUCUCGUCCCCAGCCACCAAUCACAGCUCUCCGGUCAGCACGCCCAAGCGAGGGCCCAUGGGCCCUAUCAUAGUGCCGCCGGGGGGCCACACCGUGCCAAGCACCCCCCCUGUGGUCACCAUUGCCCCCACCAAGACCGUCAACGGGUUAUGGAGGAGCGAGAGCCGGCAGGCUGAUUCCGGCCCUCGGGGGGCGUCCCGGGACCGUCUAGGCACAGAGCCCGCCCUAGCCCAGGAGAAGGGGGGGCCCUCCGUGCCCGCCCACCUGAUCGGAAACCCCUACGCCUUUGGCCUGGCCCCCGGAUCCGUCGUACAGGACUCCCGAUUCCAGCCCCUGAACCUGCCUCGGCAGAUUUCCCACGUGGCGCCCCCUGGAGGCGUCCCGGAGGAGUACCUGCGCAGCUUCAGGCCCUAUGCCACGGCGGAGGAGCUGCGCAUGCCCUCACUGCCCCUGGGCCUGGAUCCCGCCACGGCUGCGGCCGCCGCCGCCGCAUACUACCACCCCAGCUACCUGCCCCACCCCUCAUUCUCCGCAUACAGGAUGGAUGACUCGUUCUGCCUGUCCUCACUGCGCUCGCCUUUCUAUCCCCUGGCAGCGGGGGGCGCCCUGCCAACCCUGCACCACUCCGCCAUGCACAUGCACCUGCCCGGAAUGCGUUACCCGGGAGACCUGGCAGCCCUGCAGUCUGAGAGGCUCCAGAUGGAAGAUGAGCUGCGUCUGCGUGAGCGGGAGCGGGAACGUGAGCGGGAGAAGGAGAGGGAGCGCGAGGCUGAGCGGGAGCGAGAACGGGAGCGGGAGCGAGAGCGAGAGCGUGAGAAGGAACUGGAGCGGGAGCGGGAGAGAGAGCGAGAACGGGAGCGUGAGCGGGAACGUGAGCGGGAGCGCGAGGCCGAGAGGCUGAAGGAGCGCGCCCGUGAGAAGGAGCUGCAGGCCUCCAAAGCCAUGGAGAGUCACUACCUGACAGAUCUGCACAGCGUCCGGGGACCGGCAGAGGACAGAGCCAAGGCCAGCGAGCGGCUGACCCCCAACCGUUCAGAUAAAACCAAAGAGGCCCUCCUGCCCGCCCCCAAGCCUGUGCAGCCCCCCCUGCACCCCGCCCUGGCCGCCGCCCACCACGCCAUGCCCGGCCUGCUCUCUGCCCACGGCGCCUACCUGGGGCCGGGAGGGGCGGCAUCGGGGGCCCUGGCGGCUGCCAUGAUGCUGCAGCGCGCCAAUGAGGAGGAGCGCUGGCUGGCGCGGCAGCGCAAACUGCGGCAGGAGAAGGAGGACCGCCAGUACCAGGUGUCCGAGUUCCGGCAGCAGCUCCUGGAGCAGCACCUGGACCUGGGCCGGCCCGGCGAGGGGGCAGACCCGCGGGCGGAGGGACACCGGCCCCUUACAAACCACCAUGACUCAGGCAGCCGAGACGUCCUCCCCCAUCUUGGAGCACCGCCGCCCCUCAUAUCGCCCAAGCCCCUGGCCCCGCCCACAACCCUGUGGAACCCGGCCUCCCUCAUCGACACUGCCUCCGACUCCCGGCGCAACCACGAGUCCCUGGGCCUGGGCAACUUCGACCUGAGCCGGCCCCCCCUAUCCCUGAGCAAACUGGAGCACCCAGAAAAGGCGGACGAUGGGGGCAAGAGGAAGGAGGGAGCCGAGAAGGGGGUGUCCAUUAGGGGGCCCGGCAUCCCAGAGUCUGGCACAUUCCUCGCGGAGUUGGAGAGGUCUGCACAGACCUUCCUCAGCCAGCAGAGGGCGCCAUUGUCCCUACACAGCCAGUACGCCGACUUGAGCGGCCCUCAUAAACCCGGCGGCCCCCCCAGGGGACUGCAGGGGCCUCCCCGGCCAGGGGUCGACCCUAUGCUGGUGUACGACGAGUUCCUACAGCAGCACCGCCGGCUGGUCAGCAAGCUGGACCUAGAGGAGAGGAAGAGGAGGGAGGCCAAGGAGAAAGGCUACUAUUAUGACCUUGACGACUCCUAUGACGAGAGCGAUGAGGAGGAGGUGCGGGCACAUCUACGUCGGGUAGCGGAACAGCCCCCCCUCAAGCUGGAUGACUCCUCAGAGAAGCUGGAGUUCCUGCACAUGUUCGGCCUGACCACGCGCUCCCACCGCGACGAGCUGCUGCAGCAGAAGAGGAGGAAGAGGAGGCGAAUGCUUCGCGAGCGGAGCCACUCCCCCCCGGCCGUGCAGAUCAAGCGGCCGGCUCCGUCCGUGCCCCCCCUCAGCACCCGUUUCACGGCUGAGCAGAUGAACAGUGCCCCUGAGCUGGAGGACAAGAAGAAGUUCCUCACCAUGUUCAGCCUGUCCCAUGUCAACAUCCAGCAGAGGAGAGACAACGAGAAGGUUGCAGAGCUUCUUCACGCAAUAAAACACAAGACGGUGACCCUGGACUCCAUCAGACACACGCCUCAGCCUCUCUGCAAGAGCCCGACAGCCCCACAGCCUGGGCCCACAGCAGCCCCGCCCUCCGGCGAAUCUGACAGGCAGCUCAAUGCGGGACCCCCCAGUCCCCCGCCCCCCGAGGCCCCAGCUGAGCAGCGGCGGGUGUCAGGCGACGGUCCACGGGCCAAGGAGCCCGCCCCGCCCCCCCCCCUCGAGAAGCCUAAGCCGAGCGAGGGCCCGUCCGCCAAGAAGAACCCCAGCCUCCUGAGCAGCAUCCGGCCCCCCCUCAGCAUGAAGGACGGCCCCCACAGCCUCAAUGGCAAGACCAAGCCGUGGGAGAGUGUCACGGCCGAGGAGUUUGCACAGCAGUUCCACGAGUCUGUGUUACAGUCUACCCAGAAGGCACUGCAGAAGCACAAAGGGGCCGCCGCCAUCUUGGCCGAGCCCAGUCACAAACUAGACACCUCGGUGCACUACAACAUUCCCGAGCUGCAGGCCCCCCCCGGCCGACAGCCCCCAGCGCAGGCCAACGGGCAGCACUGCCCACUGCCGCCUCGCCGGGAAGAGCUGUCCGACGAGGAAGACUCCGGAGACGAGGAAGAUGAGGAGGAGGAUGAGGAGGUGCAGAGUCCACGGUGGCAGGGCAUUGAGGCCAUCUUUGAGGCCUACCAGGAGUACAUGGAAGAGCAAAGCAUUGAGAGGCAGGUGCUUCAGAGCCAAUGCAGGCGGCUGGAGGCUCAUCACUACAGCCUGAGCCUGACCGCGGAGCAGCUCUCUCACAGCAUGGGGGAGCUGAUGGCCCAGAAGCAGAGACUGGCCUCCGAGAGGGAGAAGGUCCAGGCUGAGCUGGAUCACUUCCGAAAGUGCCUGACACUUCCACUGGCUCAGGGGUCUAGGGGAUACUUCAAGGGCUACCCCUCCAGGUGACCGGCCCCCCCCUCGCCCCUGACAUCACCCCCUGACCCCGCCCCUGCCACCACGCCCCACAAUGUAGCUCAAGAGUCUAUUUUUUCACCUGGAUUACUCAGAAAAAAAAGGAAUAAAGCAAAACUCUUCACUGCGCAAAGGACCCAAGCGACAGCUGGCCGUGAACGUGCCAUGUGCUGAGGGGGGUGCUGGAAGGGAGGGGGGGGAUUGAGCGUCUGGUCUGGCCUGGGGAGGCACCCGGACCACAUGGCCUGUGUGUGCGCCUCCCAAGCCGGUCCCCACCGCCCAGACGGCAGCCUGCUGAUGGCCAGCAUGCCGAGAGCCAUCGAGCUACCAAGGCUCUUCAGCGACCGCCGCCGUGCAGUGGCAGCACUCUGACCCAGUGCCAGCGGCGGGGGGGUGCGGGGGGGGCAGGCGGCACCUCCGCCCAGCUCCAACGCACUGAUCUGUGUUCAGCAACCCGCCCUCUGGGUUAAAUGGGCUUAUGACAGAAAAUGCACUUAAAAACAAAUCAAAAUGAGUAACAUUGGAAAGCUUCCUUGAGGUACUGCAGUCACACGGAACUUCUGUCGCUGUCAGAUUAGGGAAGAACACACCAAUGCACAUUUUGGAAAGAUUAAAGGAGAUGUUUUAUUACGAAAUAGAAAUUUUGAGAAUAAAUUUAAAGAGGCCCUUAAGCCUUGUAAUGUAAAUAAUAAUAUUAAAAUUUUUGUAUGGUUUUAUUACUUUAAUCAUUGUUCUUAAAAGCCUGCCAUUUUUAAUAUGUUAAUGCUUUUGGGCUUAAAAAAAAAAACUUGCUUUAGUGUUUACUGCUGCUGGUCAGGAUAAAACAAUUUUGAAAUGUUUGAGAAGUACAAAAGAAGAGGAGCCUUUUCUACUGGUGCCCCCCCCCCCCCGUGCCGCGGUCACUCCGGGCCUGUAGCAUUGACGGGGGGGUGGUGCUUAUGAGGAAGCCCCCCCCCCCUCUCUCCCAUAACCGGCCGCUGUCUCUGCAAGUCAAAGCUCAGGAGGCCCCUCCCACCCUAUGGGCCGGUCCGUGUCCGCGGGGGGGAAUGCUUACCGAUACCAGAAUGGCGGCAGCACCCCCAUGGGUAGGUCUGUAAUCAGUAGCAGCUUAGGAAUCGCUUCUUUUUCCUGCCAAAACUCAGACAGUAUGAGCUGCAUGUUCCUGACAGUGUCCCUCUGACUGAGUGACCAGCACAGCCUGAGUGCUCAGGUUCAUCUUAAAGGUACCAAAAUUCACAGCCCUUCAGCAUUUUUUUUACAUAAUAAGCAAUACAUAUUAACUAGCAGAGCAUUUGAUGUCCACGCCGCUCACAGACUGGUAUAUGGGAUAUCACAGUUCAUUUUAUGCUCACAGACUGGUAUAUAGGAUAUCACAGUUCAUUUUCCUCUUCAUUCAUGAAGCGUAUAGUAGGAAUCCCAGCAGACAGUUUGCAUGCCACAGCCGUUAGUGACUCGUAGGCCUCCUUGUCAGUGACAGGGAGUUAUGCCACGCCCCCUCCUGAUCUCUUUUGUCUGAAUUUCUGCAGGCAAGUUUAAUGAGGGUAGAAGUGUGUGUCUGCUCUCACCACACAGUGCUGAAACCUGCCUCACUGUGACCUGAACCAUUUUUAUUUUGCCAUUUUUUUUUUUUAAUUGUGCCAAAAUCAUUUUAAGGUGGCCCCACAUUGUCAAAGUGAGCACAGCGUACAAGGCAUUACCGGCCACCCUUCUCAGCUACUGAAGAUGAUUUAAAGUGCCCUGCAUUUUCCACUUUGUCCACCAGAGGGCUGACUUGCUCAAAAUAUACUGCAAGAAAGGCACUUGGGUUUCAGCAGAUUAUAAUUUAUUCCAUUAGGCCUCACUCAAAAAUGCACCCCCACUGAAUAGUUUUAUUUCUUCCCAAUCUGGGGAAACUGUAAUAAAAGGGGUCCAGCAUAAGUGACAUUUGUGAAAUUUGCAAGCAAUAGUUUAUUAUGUUACAUUUCACAGGUUACAGCAUUAAUCAAGAUAAUGAUAAAAAUUGGAGCUGUCCUGCAUGCACACUCUGCUCCUGGUCCGCUCUCCUACCCCUGCCUGGCCAGCUCUUUGCCCAUGUGCCAGCCAGUCUCAUGUUAUCUGGGCACCUACUGCAGCCACAACAUCCAUACGCAGAUUACACCCAUUUUCAAAAAUGCAUCUGAAGGCUUUUUUUUUUUAAUUGUUUUAAUGCUGUUCCAGUUAGAGAGGACUGGGCAACAUGCCAUGUGACAGACACAGGAAGAUGUUUACAGACCCCAUGCAGAACUCUCAUGCAGUUUAGUAGAUAAAGGUUUAAGCACCACAUCACCCACCAGCUGAUGUAAAGCAAGAAGGUGACACCCCCCCCCCCUUAGUCAAUGGAGAAUGUUUAGAUGCUGUGAAAUCAUGUUUUUAAUUGUACUUGUUUGAAUUAAUUGUAAUGUAAUAUAUUCUUUGUUGAAUGUAGUAAUUAGGUAUUUAUGAAUAUAUUGCUGUAAUUUCAGACAAAAAGAAAUAAAUUACAAAAUGUA